AUUUUUUUGCAGAUGAGUUCGGAUGAUUUCGACAUCGUCAUCGAGGCCAUGCUGGAGGCGCCCUACAAGAAAGAGGAGGCUCAGCCCGGCCCCUCCAAAGCGACGUCGGAGCCGCCCCCGGCCCAGGAGCCCCCGGAGGAGCCGAAGGAGCCCAAAAAGGAGAGCGGCAGCAGUUCCAGCAGUCGGAAGAGGCGGAGCCGGAGCCGCGAGCACGGACACAGGUCGGGAAAAUUCUGGAAUUUUGGGAAAAUUUGGGAAUUUUGCAGAAAAUUCAGGAAUUUUGCAGAAAAUUUGGGAAUUUUUUGGGAAAAUUUGGGGAAAGUUCAGGAAUUUUGGGGAAA